AUGGAGGAGUGGGAGUAUAUUAGAAGGACACAAGGCUCUGUCCAAAGGAGGGCCAUGAUGGAGGAGCGUAACCAGCCUCUUAUAUCACAAGAAAAUCCCAGUAAAAACUGUAAUGGAAAUGUUAUAUUAUCACUAAAUUGUAAAGCAGAAGAUGAGGAUACCAUGCAGAGUUCUUCAGGAGAAACUCUCAUUACCCUUAAUGUACAUCCAGGACUUCACAGUACAGAUGUAUCUUAUAAUCUCCCUAAUCAUGAGGAACUUCAAGGGAGUAAAAGAUUUCAGUGUGGUAAAGAGUUCAGUAAUAGAUCAAGACUUUCUACACACAGAAGAAUUCUCCCAGGGAAAAUGCCGUACUCCUUUGCAGAAUGUGAGAAGCACUUCACAAAGAAAUCACAUCUUGUUAUACAUGAAAGAAGUCACACAGAAGAGAAGCCGUACUCCUGUUCAGAAUGUGGGAAGUGCUUUACAGAAAAAUCAAGUCUUGUUAGACAUGAGAAAAGUCACAUAUGCGAAAAACCGUAUUCAUGCUCAAAAUGUGAGAAAUGCUUUAUUAGGAAAUCGCAUUUUGUUAUACAUGAGAAAAGUCACACCGGGGAGAAGCCAUAUUCCUGUUCAGAAUGUUUUAAGUGCUUCCCAUUAAGAUCAAGUCUUGUUAGACAUGAGAAAAUUCACAAAGCAGAGAAGCCAUACUCCUGCUCAGAAUGUGGUAAAUGGUUUACAGAGAAAUCAGAACUUGUUAAACAUGAGAGACGUCACACAGGAGAGCAACCAUAUUCAUGUUUA